AUGAGCAAUAUCUCACAGCAGUACCCUAGACCCAGUUUACUGCAAGUUCUGGCACCACCAUCGGUACAAAAAUUGGCAGAAGUCACAUUUUUGGCCGUCUGCUUGUUGGUGCUCACUGUCGGGAACGGUUGCGUCAUCUGGGUCAACGUGGACAGGAUCAAACGCCAGGGGUCAGCUCGACUUAACGUCCUGAUGUUGUCAUUGUCUCUGGCAGAUAUUUUACAAGGACUGUGUCAGAUAGGUCCAGUGUUGGCGAACAACAUACGCGGCGAGUGGGUGUGUGGCGAAUUUGUGUGUAAGCUGCACGCUGUGACACGGUCAAUGCUGGCGAAUAUCUCCAUCUCCACGUUAGCGCUGAUUGCAGUUGAGAGGUUCGUUCACCUGGACUCAGCUGACCGUGGCGACCACUUCACCGGUUACGUCAUCGCCAUGGUUCUAGUCUGGGCGCUCCAGUGCGGGGUCGCCGCUCCGGUGGGGAUCUGGAACACUGUCAUGUCCUACCCCCGGGUCUGCUCCAUCCCCUUUGAUCAGCUGACCAAGAGCAAGGAAUACACAGUUAUCGUCCAGCCGCUGACGUCACACGCAAGUGCUGACCAGUCGUUAGAGAGAAGAAACAGGAAGGUAACGACCAUUUGUCUGACCUUGGCCGUGGUGUUCACGGUCAACUUGACCCCGUUUCAAACGGCUCUCAUCGUCAUGCAGAUGGGUAGGGCGGAGGAGAAAAUCGCCGUGCUGAACAUUCUAGAAUAUCUUUGGCUAUUGACUGUCAUUAACUCGUGUCUGAACCCGUUUAUCUACGGCAUCUUCUUGAAAGAUUUUCGUCUGCGGUUAUUUUCGCUAACGAGGGAGCUCUUCUGUCACACGGAUGCACGUGCGGGCAUCUCCACGCGCCAAAUGCAGAGUGCAACACUUUGA